AUUUAUCUCUUGACUGCAGAAAUCUGGUUUCAUACACCGCAUUAAACUGAGGACACACCUGGGGGAAAUGUAGGAGGAAGGUGGGGGGUAUCACUACUCAUUGAUAAAGACAUUCCAUUUGCAUUUGAUUAAUUUGCGAUUGAGAGGUAAUGCUUGCAUGAACACGGCGUGGCGAGUAUUGUACGAACAGAGUUCCCAUAUCUAUAUCGCCAUUUUUGUAAACUUAGAACUAUUCCUAAUUUGGUGUUAUUCUUUUAUGACUUAAAUUCUACGAAAUAGCUUGAUCUAACAAGAAUUUUAAAACUGUGUCGUAAAAUGCUUCUCAUUUUUCUUGAAUCUGGAUCAUUCAUGAACGAACAAGGAACAAGUAUAGGUAUUCAUGUUCAGUUAAUUUCUCCCUUUAACUGUAACUACGAUCAGGCAUGCGUGUUGAACGUGUGUUGUUUCAUGAUAUGCAGGAAACAAACUACAAUCUGGUUUAGAGACAGAUAUACGAUUUUUCUCACUUUCUAACGAAAUUAUUGAAUUUCUUGUAACAAGAACAUGAGCGAAAACAAAGCUUGUGAGGAUGGUUCAUUUUUAUCAGCAAAGAAAAGAUCGGAGAACCCACCCAAAUCUCAAUCUCGAGCGUUGUAUGUUUCGUUUGCCGCGAACGUGUUCUUUUUGGGUGUGGUGUUUUGCUGGGUGGUUCUUCAGAUUGUUGGGGACCAUCGAGACAACAGAGAUGACCUCCAAGGACCGUCACAAGUGCCCUCUCUCCCCGAGGACUCGUUCUAUUCAUGUUCUCCGUGCAAACCCAUGAUGAGGGCUGAUGAUGCUGACACAAUGAGGCUCGCCGGGGGGAAUUCCUCCUUUGUGUGUUGUAAUCGGAUAAUUCAAGAUGUACAGUUAGAGCUACCCAACACAGGGCAAAUACUUGAAGAGUGUCAGGCCAAAAAAGACGAUAACGGGAGCACAGUUGGAGCACUCUUGUACAUUAACCUAAACAAGACGCGGUGUACUUCAGGGUUGCACUGGAAGUUGGGCAGCAAGACAACUUAUAUGAGGGGAGGAGUGGGGUAUGAGGACCUACUCCAUUAUGGCCGACUCACCGUACCAAGUGACGGGAUUUAUACAGUCUACAGCUACAUACAGUUCGAUUCCUACACGGGGAAUAGCCAACUAGACCGCCCAAAGCCAGAAAUGCAUGUGUUGUACAAAAAUGGCGACCAGUUGGUUCAAAUGAAUAAGUUCAUGUUGAGACAGCACAGUUAUAUCACCAGUCAAGUGGGACCGAUUCUGGUGGAGUUGAAGGCCAGAGAUUCAGUCCAUGUUGCUGUCGGUUCAAUGGGCAGGUUUAUCCAUAACAAUCCCCAAUCCAGCGUGUUCGGAAUGUUUAAGUUAUAAACCACGUAAAAGGUUGGGAAUUCUUUAACUCUGCGUUGUAAAAAAAAACACCCAGGUACCAUUCACAGUUGCUUUGACCUUGACUGGGAUCGUGAAAUAAAAACUUAUUGUAAGUUGUCUUACCAAUGCAGAAUCAAGACAAAUAUUUGAUGUUUUUGCAACAGGACACUAACACUGGUGUAAAAUGUCACAGAUAACAUAUAUAUUAUUCUAGUAUGAGUUUUACGUAUAGAAUUGUUUUAGACUGCAUGUUAAAUUGCUAAUGGCAUUUUAAUUAAAGAUCACGGAUGAUAGUGAACGAACACAACACCUUUGUUCUAUGAGUGUUAGCGAUAAAGAUAUUAAAGAUAAACUUUUAAAGCAAUUUGUGCUUGGACGGGUAAGAUAUUCUACUGGCCUUACAAUGAAAGUUGCUGUGUUUUUAAACCGUUUAUAAUAAUUGACCAUGAAAUAUUUAACAUGGCCUUUGAGGGGUACGAGAAUGGGGGCACAGUGGGGUCAAAGCUUGACUAAAUUCACAGAAAAAUAAACUUUCUUUAGAAUAUGAUUGGUUUUUUUUUUAAAUAAAAUCUAUGAGUAAAUGUAUUGACAAUCUUAACUCUAGGUAAAGAUUAUUAGUUCGGAGUGUUUUGCGGUAACUUUUUAUCCGUAAGUAGAACCAGCAGAUGGUAGAGUAUCAAGACAAGAGUUGUAUUAAACACUGGUAAAAAGGAAGAAAAAAAACAACUGAAAGUGUAUUUAAAAAUAUUCAAAAUAACAGUUGUUGAAUAAAUGGAAAACCGUUCUUCAUUAUGAUAAGUGUUAGUAUUGCACCAAUAAUCUGACAAUCUGGAUUCUGUGACUCUCUAUUUAAAAGGGCAAGUGUAAGAACAAACCCAGACAAUUUUCCCAAAAAUUAAGCGUGAAAACAAAUGCAAUCGCCACUUGUUCAUAAAGUCACAAUUUUCUUAUUGGUAAAAGGGUGUCUAAUUUCAGUAUGUGAUGUUCUUUCAAUGUCAAUUUUUGUUAUCGUGUAAUGUAUGCAAACGUAACAUAACUUAAAAAUACUAGUGUAUGAUUUUCUCUAGUUUGUACAUUUUGAAUGAGUGUGUGAACGAAUGAGGGUGUACAUGUUUGUCUUUGCCUAUUCAUGUUUUGUUCAAUAAUUAAUAAAAUGUGAAAAACGUACUUUGUAUGAAAAAUGUACUCAUCGUGUAUUCAUGUACAGGUAUCAUGCCUAUUUAAUAUUACACUUUAAGUAUACAUUUGCCAAUGUUUUUUUAAGGAGCAUGGUCAUGAUUUUGCCAUUCUUGACAUUUAUAGAAAGUU